UUCAUCUCCCAGAAUGCAUUGUUCGCCCUUUUCCGGUCGGCCAUAACAAAAUCAGGCCAUCAUGCCGAUGAAACGUAAUAAUAUGGUGCCCAAUGGGCACUUCCAUAAAGACUGGCAGACCCGUGUGAAGACGUGGUUCAACCAGCCUGCUCGUAAGAAGAGGAGACACGACAGACGUGUGAAGAAGGCCAGACUGAUCGCCCCCCGCCCUGUGGCCGGUCCCCUCAGGCCCGUGAUCAGGUGCCCCACCUUCAAGUAUAACACCAAGGUCAGGCUGGGCAGAGGAUUCACCCUGGAUGAGCUCAAGGCUGCAGGACUGAACAAGAAGUUUGCCCGCACCAUCGGUAUCUCGGUAGACUACAGGAGGAGAAACAAGUCCGUGGAGUCCCUGCAGCAGAAUGUUCAGAGACUGAAGGAGUACAGGAGCAAACUAGUCCUCUUCCCCAAGAAACUCAGUGCCCCCAAGAAGGACGACUCUGGGCCCGAAGAGCUCAAGAUGGCCACUCAGCUUUCUGGAGAGGUCAUGCCCAUCAUCGCUGUCCCCAAGAAGGAGAAGGCCCGCGCCAUCAGCGAGGAAGAGAGGAAGUACAGUGCUUACACGGCCCUCAGGCAGGCACGUGCCAACAAGCGUCUGUUUGGUAUCAGAGAGAAGAGAGCCAAGGAGAAGGAGGCGGAAGGAAAAUAGAGCAUAUGGAAAAAUCGAAAUAAACUGUUAUUGUGAAAUGUCGGUAUUUCAUGUACAAACUAAGCUAAGAAAAAGUAAAAAGAUUGUAAAGAAAGA